CCGCCCCAAAGUCUUCCUUACCAAAGCGUUGGGUCGAGCGAAAGAAACUGAGCGGAAGGAUCUUGUGAAGUUCAACAAGCCCAGUUCCAUCCCCGCCAAGCCCGUCGCCUCCCGGUUCUAACGCCCGGGAAGAUGUGACCGGCGUCACGGCCCGGGAGCCUCCCGGACGCACCUCACCUCGUAGUCUUCUCACCGCAGCCUCGCGAGGAGGAAACACAGGCUUUGACCGGCGCAGGGACUCCCCAGGCAGCUGUCCAGCGGAGCACGCAACCUGCCAGGCCCUCCAGCUGCGACGCCGGCUCGGGAGAACGCCGCGGCGGCGGGUAACGGUAGUCCGCGCCUUUCCCCACGUUCCGGGGCGGAGCGCGACAGCGGCCCACUCCGCGCAAGCGCGGGAAGGCCCCUGCGCGUGCGCAUCACUAGCGACCAGUAUCGCGCGGCUUCUUCCCGCCCGCCUUCUGCCCUCCCUUCCGCGGUUUCCCGGCGACGGCCGUAAGUGGAGGGCGGAAGCCGCCCGCGAGACCAGCCGUAAACGGCUCCCUCGCGCCACUUCCGGCCGGCUUCCGCAGACGGGGCUGGUGGGCGAUCGUGAGGCGCCGGAGGACGUUCCUUGCGGCCGGAGCCAUGGAGAUGCCCCUGCCGCCCGACGACCAGGAGCUUCGGAAUGUCAUCGACAAGCUGGCCCAGUUCGUGGCUCGCAACGGGCCCGAGUUUGAGAAGAUGACGAUGGAAAAGCAGAAGGACAACCCGAAAUUCUCGUUUCUGUUCGGAGGCGAGUUCUACAGUUACUACAAGUGCAAGUUGGCGCUGGAGCAGCAGCAGCUCAUCUGCAAGCAGCAGGCCCCAGAGCUGGAGCCGGCCGCGGCCCUGCCGCCCCUGCCGCAGCCCCCGCUGGCCCCGGCUGCGCCCAUCCCGCCGGCCCAGGGAGCCCCAUCCAUGGACGAGCUCAUCCAGCAGAGCCAGUGGAACCUGCAGCAGCAGGAGCAGCACCUGUUAGCUCUCAGACAGGAGCAGGUGACAGCGGCCGUGGCCCACGCGGUGGAGCAGCAGAUGCAGAAGCUCCUGGAGGAGACCCAGCUGGACAUGAAUGAGUUUGACAACCUGCUUCAACCCAUCAUCGACACGUGCACCAAAGAUGCCAUCUCGGCCGGGAAGAACUGGAUGUUUAGCAACGCCAAGUCCCCUCCUCACUGCGAGCUGAUGGCGGGCCACCUCCGGAACCGCAUCACAGCCGACGGGGCACACUUCGAGUUGCGGCUGCACCUCAUCUACCUGAUCAACGACGUGCUGCACCACUGGGCCCUGACGCGCGGAAGGUCUCUCCCUCACAGCCAGCGCAAGCAGGCCAGGGAGCUGCUGGCCGCCCUGCAGAAAGUCGUGGUGCCCAUCUACUGCACCAGCUUCUUGGCCGUGGAGGAGGACAAGCAGCAGAAGAUCGCCCGGCUCCUGCAGCUCUGGGAGAAGAACGGCUACUUUGACGACUCCAUCAUCCAGCAGCUACAGAGCCCAGCCCUGGGGCUCGGCCAGUACCAGGCGACACUCAUCAACGAGUACUCCUCGGUGGUCCAGCCGGUGCAGCUAGCUUUCCAGCAGCAGAUCCAGACCCUCAAGACGCAGCACGAGGAGUUUGUCAACAGCCUGGCCCAGCAGCAGCAGCAACAGCAGCAGCAGCAGCAGCAGCAGCAGCAGCAGAUCCAAAUGCCACAGAUGGAAGCUGAAGUCAAGGCCACCCCGCCGCCGCCUGCCCCGCCUCCGGCCCCCACACCCACCCCUGCCAUCCCGCCAACCACCCAGCCUGAUGACAGCAAGCCUCCCAUCCAGAUGCCUGGCUCCUCUGAGUACGACGCCUCCGGGGGAGUCCAGGAUCCUGCCGCUGCCGGCCCCCGGGGCCCUGGACCCCACGAUCAGAUCCCACCUAACAAGCCCCCGUGGUUUGACCAGCCUCAUCCUGUGGCUCCUUGGGGCCAGCAGCAGCCUCCCGAGCAGCCCCCCUACCCGCACCACCAGGGCGGGCCGCCCCACUGCCCACCCUGGAACAACAGCCAUGAGGGCAUGUGGGGCGAGCAGCGUGGGGACCCCGGCUGGAACGGCCAGCGGGACGCGCCCUGGAACAGCCAGCCCGACCCCAACUGGAACAGCCAGUUCGAGGGCCCCUGGAACAGCCAGCACGAGCAGCCUCCAUGGGGCGGAGGCCAGCGCGAGCCGCCCUUCCGCAUGCAGCGGCCGCCCCACUUCCGGGGACCCUUCCCGCCCCACCAGCAGCACCCACAGUUCAACCAGCCGCCGCACCCCCACAACUUCAACCGCUUCCCACCUCGCUUCAUGCAGGACGACUUUCCCCCGCGGCACCCCUUCGAGCGGCCGCCCUACCCCCACCGCUUCGACUACCCCCAGGGGGACUUCCCCGCCGAGAUGGGACCCCCUCACCACCACCCUGGCCACCGCAUGCCUCAUCCUGGGAUCAACGAGCACCCACCCUGGGGUGGGCCCCAGCACCCCGACUUCGGCCCUCCUCCCCACGGCUUCAAUGGGCAGCCCCCCCACAUGCGGCGACAGGGCCCUCCCCACAUCAACCAUGAUGACCCUAGCCUGGUCCCCAACGUGCCCUACUUCGAUCUGCCUGCCGGGCUGAUGGCGCCCCUCGUGAAGCUGGAAGACCAUGAGUACAAGCCUUUGGACCCAAAAGACAUCCGCCUCCCACCCCCCAUGCCGCCCAGCGAGAGGCUGCUGGCGGCUGUGGAGGCCUUUUACAGCCCUCCGUCCCACGACAGGCCCAGGAACAGCGAGGGCUGGGAGCAGAACGGCCUCUAUGAGUUCUUUCGAGCAAAGAUGCGGGCGCGGCGGAGGAAGGGCCAGGAAAAGCGGAACAGUGGACCCUCACGGUCUCGGAGCAGAUCCAAGAGCCGAGGGCGCUCUUCCUCCCGCUCCAACUCAAGGUCGUCCAAGUCCUCGGGCUCGUACUCCAGGUCCAGAUCUCGCUCCUGCUCCCGCUCCUAUUCCCGCUCCCGCUCCAGGAGCCGCAGCCGGUCUCGCUCCUCCCGGAGCCGCUCCCGCUCACGGUCCCGCUCCCGCUCCAAGUCCUACUCCCCGGGACGGAGACGCCGGUCGCGGUCCAGGAGCCCCACCCCGCCUUCCUCGGCUGGUCUGGGUUCUAAUUCAGCACCUCCUAUUCCUGAUUCAAGGCUCGGGGAAGAAAACAAAGGACAUCAGAUGCUGGUGAAAAUGGGCUGGAGUGGAUCUGGUGGCCUCGGCGUGAAAGAGCAAGGGAUCCAGGACCCCAUCAAGGGGGGGGACGUCCGGGACAAGUGGGACCAGUACAAGGGUGUGGGCGUGGCCCUGGACGACCCCUACGAGAACUACCGCAGGAACAAGAGCUACUCCUUCAUCGCCCGCAUGAAGGCCAGGGACGAGUGCAAGUAGGCGCUCUGCGGGCGGGAGCCACGCCUCGGCCACCGCGUUGGCCACCGGGACCUUCCUGGCUUACUGGCAGUGACAGAUGGUAGGGACAGCUCAGUUCUCACACAGCCUCCAUCUCUGGGGAGCGGCAGAAGAGAAGGAAGGCCACAGCCUGCCUAGUGACGAGCGCCAUGCUCGAUAGCUUGGAAGGCCCCGGGCCCCGCCUGCAAACCGCUCUAACGUAGAAGCACGACCCCGCCAGGAGAUGCCCGGGCCCGUGCGGCCAGAGCCUGCUUCCCUUGACGGCGAAGUGAGAAACACGAGACCCUCCACCCCUGGAUGAGAAUCCCUGACAUCUUAAGGCACGGCUGUUUCGCACCUCUCCCCUCGGGCAGAUCUGAGCUUCUGCUUAAACCAGUAGGAGCGUGUGGAGGAGAGGCCCUGGGCGAGUGGCCCGGCAGCCUGGGAGCGGGUGUGGGGCCAGCCGGCCCUGCCCGCCCGUGCCCCGCCCGUGCCCCGACGUGCGGUGGAUGGGGAAGCUCAGGCCAGGCACUGGUUCCAAACAGAAAAACAGACCCUUUUUGAUUUGCAAAGUUACACAGGGUUCUUCUCGUUUUUACUCCAGGUCUUUAGUUUUGGAGAAGGGAAUGUUGCUCUAAGAGGAUCCCAGUGAGAAUUUGAAACCCGAUUCCUCUGAGACAUGCUGGCCCUUAGUUCAUUUAUUUUAGUUGUUUGCGUUGAAAUUUUUUCCCCCAAACGUCAGCCGUUUGCUGUACCUGCAGAAACGGAGGUUCUGAGGACACGGACCUGAGGCAUCUUCAGGUCCCAGAAUGACACCCUCGGAGAGUCUGUACCCUUAGUGUCUCGGCCUGUGUUUCCCACUUAGAGGAACCCAACACCAGCGCUUGCGUGGACCUUCCGUUCCAGGGUGUGGAGAGAGACCCCUGGCUGUGCCUCCUGCUCCUCAUUUCCCCUUGCUGCCCCACCCCCCCACAGCCACCACCAUCGAGGGAGGUGAGGCCAGGAGGGAGUGGGGUCUGCUGGGCGACGCUGGGGACGGCGUGGGACAGGCCACGCUUGGCGUCUGUGGGCAGCUCGUGCGGUGCCGUUUAUUUGUACAGAAACGUUUUUGAAAAAUUCUUUUCAAUAAGAUGCAAAGUCCUCUCCAACUUUUCAACCUGAUGUGAUAAAAUAUUUGAUUUUGUUCUAGGUUUCCUGUAGCUGUGAAUUGUUCAAACGUGUCUGAUUCAGGAUAAAACGUAAACACGUGCUGUUAACAAUUUCUUGUGGAUUUUACUGUUUUGCCUUCAAAUAAAAACUUUUUUUAAAGA